AUGGAAGGAUUAGAAUCGGUUUACGCGCAAGCUAUGUACGGUAUGAACAGACAGAACAAAACCAUGGAGCAUCAAGGAUCAGAUUUGAUCUGGGGAGACAAUGAGCUGAUGAUACCUCGAGAGCUCUGUUCUUCCUCAUCUCAUCAGCUCAUUAAUCCCAAUCUUGGCAGCUGUUUCAUGUCUGAUCUUGGAGUCAUUAAUGAGAUUCAACAUCAUCAUCAUGAUGUCGGAAACAGAGCUGCUUCGUUAGAUCCAUCAUCGCUGGAGUGUUUGUUAUCAGCGACGACGAACACUUCGACGGAAGACGACGAGGGCAUCUCUGCGCUUUUCUCAGAUUGUCAGACCCUUUGGAGCUUUGGUGGAGGAGUCUCAUCUGCAGAGUCUGAGAACAGAGAGAACACUACAGAGACAACAACAACAACAAAGCCUAAGUCUUUGAAGAGAAACAGAGACGAGACAGGAAGUCACUUCCGUCUUGUCCAUCAUCCUCAAGAUGAUGAUACAGAGAAAGGAAACUUCAAGCUCAUAUACGAUGAGAAUCAAUCAAAAUCCAAGAAACCAAGAACAGACAAAGGAGGUGGUUCUUCCAACAUCAGUUUCGGACAUUCAGCUUCUUUGUCUGAUAAUGUCGAGCCUGAUGCAGAAGCGAUCGCGCAGAUGAAAGAGAUGAUAUACAGAGCGGCUGCGUUUAGACCGGUGAACUUUGGAGUGGAGACUGUUGAGAAACCUAAGAGGAAGAACGUGAAGAUCUCGACGGAUCCUCAGACCGUGGCAGCGAGGCAGAGGAGGGAGAGGAUAAGCGAGAAGAUUAGGGUUUUACAGACAUUGGUUCCAGGUGGGACUAAGAUGGAUACUGCUUCAAUGCUUGAUGAGGCUGCUAAUUAUCUCAAGUUCCUUAGAGCGCAAGUAAAGGCUUUGGAAAACUUGAGACCCAAGCUUGACCCAACUACUCUCUCAUUCUCAUCUCCUAAUUCGUUUCCUUUAUUCCAUCCAUCUUUUAUUCCCAUGCAAAACCCUAAUCAGAUCCAUCAUCACCCAGAGUGCUGA